AAUAUCCUCUAAAGUAAUGAUAAAAAGUAUAGUAAAUAUACAGGCCAGUAACAUAAUGUUUAAUUAUCAAGUAUUCUGUACUGUGCAUACUUGUAUGCGCCAUACUUCUGUACGACUGGCAGUGCAAUACCUCUGUUUACACCAGCAUCCCCAUAAGCACAUGAGUAGUACCCUGUGCUAUGACAUUAUGAUGGCUACAAUGUCACUAGGCGAUAGGAAUUUUUAGCUCUAUUGUAAUCUUAUGGGACCACCAUCAACUAUGUGGUCCAUUGUUGAGUGAAAUGUUGUUAUAUGGUAUAUGACUGCACAGAGAAGACAAUGUCCAACAUAAAAGAAUGAAUGGCUAGUGUUGUCAUUUUAGGCAUGUGGUGGUAGUACUUGGUGGUCUAGGGGAAGUGAGCUUCUUGAUCCCUGUGAAUUACUUGAACCAAGGCUGAUGAGGCGAAGGACCAGGAGAGGGGAGGCGCGUUUGUGUGCUGCAAGCCUGUAUCUACUUGUGGGAGACACAGAGGCCUAUGCUGGCUGCCCAUCUUGUCUGCAGGCCAGCCCAGGCUGGGUUCCUGCUGGGGCUGGGGCAGCCAGGCCUCCUAUGUGGGGUUGACCCACCAGGGAGAAGUCCCUGCCAGUCUGUCUGGGGACGCUGGGGCGGGGCAGGGAGAGGUGCUAGGCAGGACCAGCCAGCUGCCAGUGCCCUGGUCCUCGCCCUCUGAGAGUGGAAGGGUGGGGGUGGCGGCCCAGCGUUCCUGGCUGGGAGCCCAGAGGAGUCUUUUGUAAUCACAACAUGAUCUCGUGUGCUGAGCAGCGAAGCCGGCAGGGAGAGGCCAGCAAAGGCCCGACUCCGGUGGCUCCAGCUUCCCUCCCACUCUGGCUCCCCAGGGGCUGCUCUGGAAUUCUCUCGGUGCCCGCUGUUGCCAUGCACUCGGCUGGGCCUCCCAGAGCCGAGUCCCCCAUGCGCAGGCAGGAGAAGGACGCAGAGCUGGAUCGGAGGAUAGUUGCCCUGCGCAAGAAGAACCAGGCCUUGCUCCGCAGGUACCAGGCCUGUCAGCGUCUAUGUCUCUGUGCAUCUGGGGGGCUGUGGCGUGUGCUGACCCCGGGCCCUCCCACAGGAGAUCCAGGAGGACCGUCGGCAGGCAGAGCAGGGGGGCAUGGCUGUGACCACACCGGCGCUCCUCCAGCCCGACGGCCUCACGGUCACCAUCAGCCAGGUUCCUGGUGGUGUUCAGGAGCCCCAGAGCCAGCCUGUGGGGGAACCCCCGGAGGUGGGCUGGGACUAUGCCCAGUGGAAGCAGGAGCGGGAGCAGAUCGACCUAGCCCGCCUUGCUCGGCACAGAGAUGCACAGGGCUACAGGACUGCAGCCAGCUGAGGGAAGAAGGCCUGGCCAGGGCGGGCAGCAGAAGGGGUCCCAGGAGCCACCGGAAACUACAGCCCCCACCAUUGCUCCCUGAUGGAAAAAGUCGGGGCAGGCAACCCAGCAGAUCCUUGGUGGCACCAGCUGCAGGCAGCAAAGUCCGGGGCAAGGAGAGGCUGACUGGCAGGGCCCGAAGGUGGGAUGUGAAGGAAGACAAGGAGGAGCUGGAGAGUCAGGAGGGAAGCCAAAGCACCAGAGAGACUCCCAGUGAGGAGGAGCAAGCACAGAAGCAGAGUGGGAUGGAGCCGGGCCAUCUGGGGAGCACCCCUGCAGCCAGCCGAGCCCUGGCAUCCCCAGAGGGGCCAAAGGGGGAGUCAGCAGCUUCCACAGCUGGCUCAGUGCCCUGCUCUCCACAGGAGCCUGACUUGGCUCCUCUUGACCUUUCUGUAGGAGGGGCUGGCAUCCCUGGGCCUAAGGAGGGCACGUGUUUGCUCAAUCCGAGGCCUGAGGCCCAGGAGAGCCCUGUGUCUUGGCCAGAUGGCUCUGAGCAGCAGCCCCUGGGGUGGAAUAAUCACCAGGCUGAGCUGGAAGUCCAGACUUGCCCUGAGCCACAGAAAGGAGCAGGGCCUCCAGAGCCCAGAGAAGACAGGUCUGGUAAGGCUGGGGCCCAGCAGGGCCUGGCACAGAGAAGCUGGCCCCUGAGAGGAGGCAGCCAAAGGCUGAGAGGCACAGCAGGUGUGAGGCGCAGGACAGGGCGCCCUGGUCCUGCAGGAAGGUGCUGAACACAGCUCCUGGGAGCUGGGGAAGCUGGGGGGAGGGAGAAGAAAAGGGAAGCACUCCAUUAGGAGCCCUCCAUGUGAUGGCCAUGUGGUUGCUGUGGCUUGUGCCAGUGUCACUGAGCAGUGUGGCAAACUCGCCAGCAUGACCACCUUGUGAGGGCAAGGAGUGGCCUCCCUGCAGCUCACACAUUCAUCCCUGUGCACAUGUGUGUUUUCACUUGUGGGCACAGCCCCUGGUGUAUUCCUAUACUGGUGCCUGGCAUCUGAGGUUAGUGCACCCUGACCUGGGCCUACUGCUGCUCAGGCCACAAGCCUUUUCCACCAUAACGAGAGAACAAGGCUUAGUGGCACCUACCACCUGGCUCUCCAUCACCCCUCAGGGCCUGGACUCCCCUUCCAGCUGCUGGCUUCCACUUCUAGCCUGGGCUGGAAUCCCCCAGUCCCAGAUUCCCAGGAUGCCCAACCAGGGAAAUCCUGAGGCAUGGAGGACGGGAGGC